UCGUGAUCGAUCAACGAUUGCCCUGUAUAUCGCAAGGCCCCUAUAUUUUCUCAGCGUUACCUGGGUGAUUGCGAUGUCAACAUUGUAGCUACAUUAUCCACUUCAGCGUCGUUUUACAUUGGUGUGACAUCAACAAUGACCGACAGCGCGAAAAAACAUUUCAUCAAAAUAGCAGGUUUACAUCUGGGGACAACUUUUCUGGAAGAUGACUGGGAUAAGGACAUCAUAGGAAUUGAGGAAUUGGACAGUUUCUUGAAAAAUGAAAAUGUGCUCAUACUCUAUGCAGUUAUCGAAGAAAUUGAUGAUAAUAAACGUCUGAAGUUCUUCAAAAAUCUAGAAAAAUUCAAUCUGAGACAUAUAGUGGUUUUCAACAAAUAUAAACCCUCGAUUCCUACAGAGAACAAUUUUCUCCGUUUCAUCCAAACCACCUCAUUGUCAGAUUCACCGGCAUUGGCGUUAUACAACAGUCUUAAUAACAUCUAUACGCCGUUAUUACAACAGAACGAGAUGUCAAACUUACCUAGACAAAUAGCAAAUUUGCAAAAUGACCUUCGAUCAGCCAUAUUGUCGAGUGAUCCAGGAAACACUCAGAUAUCGUCAGAAAAUAAGCUUUCCAACAUAUCCACAGUUGUUAGUUCACUUGAACACGAAGUAUCUUAUUGGAAUAACAUCACGCCGAACCCAAGGAAGGACAAAAUCACUCAAGCAGCUUGUCAUUCUUUCAUAUAUCUGCUUUCAACAGUAGCUGGAGAUUUCAGCAUCAUAGACGCUUUGUCCAUCAAUGAUGUAGAAGAUUUACUUGAGAGAGCUCACAAUAUGCUGGAUGACUUGUGGAGACAUGAUCCUCCUUACCCCAAAGAUCGAAUUAGGCCCAUCAUCGACAUCAUUGCAUCUGACGUGUGGAAAUACAGUUGCAACCAGUUGAGGAAGGUGAACCUCUGGACAGAUGACUAUAUCGAGACAUCAGAUGUGCUGCAGCAACAAAUCUCUAUAGGCGAGAAGUGGUUAGAUAGCUGCAAGCAAUUGACAGAGAUAUUUUGGCCGAACUAUCCAUCACAUCCAUGGAGAGAGAAUGUAUACCAACCUUCAGAGCUGGUUAAAUCAGUAGCAGCAUUGCGAAAGAUUCUGGAUAUAAGGACUUUCCAUAAACAACUGGUGAAACUGCUCACUUCACAGGAACAGGAAGAACUGAAAACCCAGGAGAUGUUUCAAUGUUUUCAAGACAUCAAUUUCCAUAUCUAUAAUCAAGAUCUCUCUCAUGAGAUGAUGAAAGCUGAGAAACGGUUUGAAUACUACAUUCAGCCUGCAGAAAAACGAGUAGCCAUUAAGUUGAAGAAACAAUUCGCUAGCAUCAAUGCCAAUACGAGACAGUUGAUCUACGAGUACUCCAGAUAUUCAGAGCUCAUUGGCCGGCCCAUCCUCAGACAGGAGCUGCUCAUCGAGCGCCAGUUCCUUAUGGUCUCCCUCUACGACUACGUGAAGCAGAUCCAGACGCAGAGUGCGUCGGAAAACCUCCAAGUUCCCACCAAACUCGAUGCGCCGCAAGUCGUGCGAGAGAUUUCUCUGGUGAGGCAGCUAGAAGGAAGGGCGAACGAGGUGAGGAGAGUGUCUGAGAAGUUGCUAAGCGACCUGCAGAACUACGGGGACCUGAGCGAAGUAGUAGAGGAGAUGGCGAGAGAGCUGAAACAGCAGCACGAGAGCCUGUUCGAAGCUUGGUGUUCGGAAAUCAUCGGGUACAUCAACGAUAACACUUUGAGCUUGAGGGAAUCUGACCCAGUGGUCCAGUUUUCCAAGGAGAAACUGAUGCGAGUGAACUACUCUCCCAGGCUCGUUGUGCUAAUAUCCGAAGUCAGGCAAUUGAAAGCGAUGGGAUACCACAUUCCAAGCGUCAUAGACGAUAUCAGUGAGCAUGCCAAGAAAUUCAUGAAGUUUGCUAGAAUUCUAGAACAGAUAGCAAAUUUUCACAACACGAUCGGAGACCGGAUGAUACCGUCCCAGAAGCCGAUGAUGCUUGCCAGUGCGUUGGAACUGUCGAAGCUCGUUCAGGAGCAGGAAGUCGUUUCCUGGGGGGACGAGAAGUCCGUGGACAAGUACGUGGGCACGCUCAAGACGGCAGUAGAAAAGUUAUCGAGAGAAAACAACUUGUUGACGAUGUAUAACAGCCAGAUAAUCGAGAAGAUCCAAGAGUUGAAACAAUAUGACCUGAUCAAAGACCUGAACAAGUGGAAGGAUACGACGAAAUACAUAAGAAACGUCCUGUCUCAAGUUGAGGACAAGGGAUUCAGAAACAUGACUAGCUGGAAGAUCGAUUUGGACACCAAACUCAGCGAUGUUUUGGAGAAGCAGUACCUCGAGAACUUGAAUACGCUGCAUGUGUAUCUGCCCGAGAUUCAGGUCGAUUUGAUUUAUAGGAAUUCCAAAUUGGAAUAUCUGCCUGAUGAAGAGAAUCUGAAGAAUGCUUAUGAAAAGCAGCUACAGAAGUUUCUCGACAUUCCUAAGAAUUUCCGGAUGAUAUCUGAUACAAUGGAUAAUUCUUUACUCCAUGGAAUCUUAGAGAGACAUGCCAGUGCUCUGGAGAAUGUUUCCAAAUGUACAGACGAUCUCUUCGAACAACUGAAGAGCGUUAAGAACCACUGGCAGUCGUGGUUGCAACUAGAAACAUUGGAAACCAGCAAACUCACCAGCUGGCAACACUGGGAUCUGCACUUCAGAGCAUCAAAAACCUUCGGACAGGAGAUAGCCAAGUUGCCAAUUUCCGAAGAACGGGUGGGCUGCUUCUUGAUCGGCCUUUCAAGACUCAGAUCAGAUCUUGAAUCUCACAAUAGGAGCUACUGGGACCAGCUAAUUCACUCUCUGAAAGACUCUAUAGCUCAGGACGUGGUGAAACUCCAGAACUACGUAGAUCACUCUACCAGUGCAUUGACC